AUAAUUUUCUGUAUACAAACUACAGUUUAUUAUGUAGUCACAAAAAACAUUUCAGUUAAUCAAAUAACAUCUUUUGCACCUCACUACGUAAGUACGUGUAUCGACUAUGCUUUAUCGAAUGCUAUUAUGUGAUAACAAUGAGGGACCCAAAGUCCCUAAGCACCAGUUUAAGAAGGCAGAAAGGGAUAACAAUUUCUUAUAUUCUAUUAAAAAAAAUUGUUCAAACAAGUGCAUGAUGUACAGAAUAUCGAAUCAUGCUCAAACUCAUGAAGAUGAACCCACAUUGCGACAACAAUAUAUUGAAGACAUAAAAAGAAACAAAAUAAAUACUUUCUUACCAAAAUUCUUGGUAUAAAAUUCACCGUGAAGCUUGUCUUCGAACUGAACUGUAAACAGCAAAAUCUCGAUUCACUCAGUGUACCACAUGCGAAAUCAUUCGAAAAUCAAAUGACAUGACAGUCAGAACCUAACCUAAAACAAAUAUGCCAAGUUUUUCUUACAAGCUAGCAGUCUGUUUAUGGUAAAGAUUCUUUAGAAAAAAUCACAACAAAAAACAUGCUAUCUUUCCCUGCAGUUGUCUCGAGAUUUUCACGAUUUUUUCUCAGUGGCAAGCAAAGUCUAUCAUCAUUGGCUCUUCCUGAUUUAGUGAAGUCAAUAAAUUCCGUAACAGAAGGCGAAAUUGAUCGUGCCGUAUUGCAUGAGACUGUGAAACUGAAUCCCAAUCUCUUAGAUUAUGAUCUACGAUCAUGGCAAAGGGUUCUACAGACCUUAAAAAAUCAAGGAUUCCCAUCAUAUAUGCUUCUACCGUUGAUUGUGAAUUAUCCAACGAUCCUCCAUCGUACUCCUGAACAAAUAAAAUUAGGACUAGAUAAGUGGCAUAAUUGCCAAUUUGGUGAGAGGAAUGUAAUGAAAUUAGUAACAAGGUAUCCAAUGUUGCUGGAUAUUCCCAAUGAUGAGUCAUUCAUCAUGAGUCGCAUAGCUUCUCUACAAGAGUACGCUGAGACGCGAAAAAAUGUCUGGACAAUGUUUAUGAAUUCUCCAAAUUUAAUCACAGAUAAAAUUCAACUAAUUCACCCGAAAAUUAACUACUUACAAAGCACAAUGAGAGUUCACCUUUCGGAAGUUCUCAAAACGGAGGUAUUUACCAGAAAUCUUUUUACAAUUCGCAGUCGCCAUGUCUUCCUUGAACGUUUAGGAAUCUACAAAGCAAAGAGUAUCAAAGAAGAUCUCGAGGAAAUAAAUAAAAAUCCCAAAUUGCACCAAAUUAUGGAUACGAGUGAUAAAACAUUUGCCACAAAAGUUGCUUUUGCAACACUAGAAGAGUUCGAGGUAUUUAAAGAGCUCUACUCACGAGAAGUGAACGAAGAAGAUGAUUUACUUAACAAUAAUGAUGAGGAAUAGGAAGAAAAAUUAUUUAUCCAUUUUGUGUAGUUGUUAAAUUUAUAAAACAAUCAUGUAUUUUUCUUCAUAAGAUUACAUUACAGUGUGUUUGACUUUAAAAGACAUACUUUUACAUAAAAUAAAGAAUAUUUAACCCUAAA